AAUCAACACAGAAAUCUGAAGAAGGGAACAUCUGUAAAGUGUAAUUUUCUCAUCUCUCAUGAGUCGUGAGUGUAACAAGCAGCAGUAAAGUGAAUCACCUUUUCCUAUGGCUGCUGCUGCCACACCACACCACACACAAACUUUUCUACGGAGUACCACACAGUUGCAGUGCAGUGCAGUGCAGGGAGGAGGCCCAGUGCAGGCUUCACAGAGGCUUCUCGCCCCCUCCACCAUCCUUUUCACCCUUUUCUCACUCCGACGGAAGCCCAAUGUCGCUGUCGCCGCCGCUCGCCCGGUAGCUAGCUCCAUUCACACUACUCCUGCAGUCCCUGCUCCUCUUCUUGCUCCGGCUCCCAAGAACGAGUGAGAGGGGUUUAGCCGCUCUCUUUCUGGGGAUUUUUUUGGAGCUGAAGACGCCGCAAUGCCGAAGAUGUUCGGCUUCUCUCGUCGCCGGAUGAAGCUGGGAAGGUUGAAGGGCCAUCUACAUGAUCCUUUUCAUGGCUCCCGGAGUCCUGCCCGGCUCACCAAGAGGUCCAGUUACCCCAAUGGAGAGGAACCGGUGGCUACGUCAGUGAGUGGCCGCGCUGAUGAGAAUGCUUGGCGCUGCUCGUCUGAUACUUUUGAUCUUAGUGGCCGUGCAUUUGAGAACUCGGAGAAUUGGGCGGUGCUGUCAACGGAGGGGGAUAAACCGAGUCCUCGUUAUGAUCAUGCUGCAGCCAUGGUAGGGAGCAAAAUGAUAGUCUUUGGUGGUGAUUCCGGUCAUCAUUUGCUGGAUGAUACAAUGAUACUGAGCUUAGACAAGCUUACAUGGGAUUCCGUGGCCCCUAAAGUUCGUGUAUCACCAGGUCGACGCUCUCAGAAGUUUCGACCGUGUAAAGGUCAUUGUCUGGUUCCAUGGGGGAAGAACGUCAUUCUGGUUGGGGGAAAAAGUGAGCCAUCUUCUGACCGGAUAUCAGUAUGGACAUUCAAUACAGAAACUGAGAUCUGGUCACAUAUGGAAUCGAAGGGCGACAUUCCGGUUGGUCGAUGUGGCCAUACAGUGACUAGAGCAGGCCCUGUUUUGAUUCUCUUUGGGGGCGAAGAUGCAAAAGGGAAGAAACUACAUGACCUUCAUAUGUUUGAUCUGAAGUCUUUAACAUGGCUUCCUUUGAACUAUAAAGGUGCUGGACCUUCUCCAAGAUCUAAUCAUGUGGCUGCACUUUACGAUGAUAGAAUUCUUUUGAUUUUUGGAGGCCAAACAAAAUCCAAGACCCUGAAUGACGUUCACGCUCUAGACUUUGAAACAAUGGUAUGGUCAAGAGUGAAAACACAUGGUCAUCAUCCAUCACCUCGAGCAGGUUGCUGUGGAGCUCUCUGCGGGACUAAAUGGUAUAUAGCAGGGGGUGGAAGCAAGAAAAAGCGUCAUCCAGAAACUUGGGUCUUUGAUGUUCUAGAAUCCAGGUGGUCUGUUUGUGUAGUACCUCCUAGUUCCUCAAUUACUACCAAGAAAGGUUUCAGCAUGGUUCCUUUGUACUACAGGGAUAAGAUUGUUUUAGUUUCUUUUGGAGGAAACAGGAAGGAGCCAUCUGAUAAGGUCGAAGUACUAGUAGUUUUGCAAAAUGAGCAUUGUUUCAGCUGGCGGUCUGCCCCUGAUGCAGAACCCUUAAUGUAUGAGGAGUCUUCUCCUAGCUCAAAGGAACUCGCCGAUCACCUCAACAACUGUGAUCCUCUGUACUCUACUAGUUCUGUAGCAAGGCGCAGUCUCGCCACAACAGUGGAAAGCUCAUCUGGGAGGAAAUCCCUCCCUGAUUCAAUGCUGCAGCAUUCAAACCUGGGCAACUCAUCACUCCGCAGGCAGUUCCGUCAGGAGGAGGAAUGCAGCCUAGCCCAAAAACUGCAGAAGCCAAUCGAUGACGAUAAGUACAAGGACGUUGAUGAAUGUUCUGAGCUACCCUCGAUCGGUAACCAAAAACUACGGAUUGAUGCAUAUCCUUCUCCAGAUGCUGAUGCUAAAGCGAAGAGGUUGGGCAGAAGUUCAUCAGACAUUAACCAUCAAUAUGAUACAAAAAUCGCAAACCUGGUCAGGAGAAACAUGGCCUUGGAAGAGCAACUUUCAGCUGCAAUGGCAAGCAAAGACGAAGCGGAGAAGAACCUAUCUCUUGUCAUUGACAGCAAGGAAGACCUAGAGAAGAGGCUAGUUGAGAGAGACAGGGAAGUCGAGGCGCUGAAGGAGAAGGUGACGGGAUUUGAAUUGGCACAAGAGGAGUCGAACAACGCCACAAACACCGUCCAUGCUGACAAUGUGCGCCUCGAGCGAGAAGUGGCAUUCCUAAAGGCUGUAAUGGAUGAGACCCAGAAGGAGCUGCACUCGACUCGUGGAGUUCUAGCAGGAGAGCGUGCGAGGGCAUUCCAGCUCCAGGUUGAAGUGUUCCAUCUGAAGCAAAGGCUGCCGACGAUGGAUGGAAGGUCACCUACACCAAGAAAACCUCAGAAUCUCUAGGAUCCAGAGGCCAGGUGUCCAUGGUGAUGGAGUUUACCUAGCAUCCUGAUGUAAAUCAAUUGUUACCGUGUCUAUUUUUGUCCAUCAAAACAUUAGGGCAUGUUUGAUUGGCUACCGUGCGCUUCGCCCCACCUAGGUUAGCAGAAGUCACACUUGUAGUGGCAACCAAACCGGCCAAAGUGCGGUAAUGAACCAAACAUGCCUCAAGUAUCCAUAUGUCCUGAUCCAUCAUGGAAAUGAUUGUAUUGCUUGAUACAAAGGUUGUAACCUGAAAGAUAUUAUUGAAUAUUGACCCAAAUGGAUUGAUUUGUGCAACUGUCA